CUGGGGAUACUCGCCCGCCCGAAGGUCUAGGCGAGUUUUGUGUUCCACAGACUCGAAAGCAAGAUUGGGCGUGGGUUAGUUUGCACGUGGACACGUUUUCAGGGCAGAGGAACACAGGACUUGGGACAUGGACAGUCGCUUGCAGGAGAUCCGGGAGCGGCAGAAACUACGGCGACAGCUCCUCGCGCAGCAGUUGGGAGCUGAAAAUGCUGACAGCAUUGGUGCUGUGUUGAAUAGCAAAGAUGAGCAGAGAGAAAUUGCUGAAACAAGGGAAACUUGCAGGGCUUCCUAUGAUACCUCUGCUCCAAAUGCAAAGCGUAGGUGUCUAGAUGAAGGAGAGACAGAUGAAGACAAAGUGGAAGAAUAUAAGGAUGAACUAGAAAUGCAACAGGAGGAGGAGAAUCUGCCAUAUGAGGAAGAGAUUUAUAAAGAUUCUAGUACUUUUCUUAAGGGGACACAAAGUUUAAAUCCUCAUAAUGAUUAUUGUCAGCAUUUUGUAGACACUGGACAUCGACCUCAGAACUUUAUCAGGGAUGUAGGUUUAGCUGACAGAUUUGAAGAAUACCCUAAACUAAGGGAGCUCAUUCGGCUGAAAGAUGAGUUAAUAGCUAAAUCUAACACUCCUCCUAUGUACUUACAAGCAGAUGUAGAAGCUUUUGACAUCAGAGAACUAACGCCCAAAUUUGAUGUGAUUCUCCUGGAACCCCCUUUAGAAGAAUAUUACAGAGAAACAGGAAGCACUGCUAAUGAAAAAUGCUGGACGUGGGAUGAUAUCAUGAAGUUAGAAAUUGAUGAAAUUGCAGCACCUCGAUCGUUUAUUUUUCUGUGGUGUGGUUCUGGGGAGGGAUUGGACCUGGGAAGAGUGUGUUUACGUAAGUGGGGUUAUAGAAGAUGUGAAGAUAUAUGUUGGAUUAAAACCAACAAAAACAAUCCUGGGAAGACUAAAACUUUAGACCCAAAGGCUGUUUUCCAACGAACAAAGGAGCACUGCCUCAUGGGCAUCAAAGGAACGGUGAAGCGCAGCACGGAUGGAGACUUCAUUCAUGCUAAUGUCGACAUUGAUUUAAUUAUCACCGAAGAACCUGAAAUUGGGAACAUAGAAAAACCUGUCGAAAUCUUUCAUAUAAUUGAACAUUUUUGUCUCGGGAGGAGAAGGCUUCAUCUUUUUGGAAGAGACAGUACAAUUCGACCAGGCUGGCUAACAGUUGGACCAACUCUUACAAAUAGUAACUACAAUGCGGAGACUUAUGCAUCCUAUUUCAGCGCUCCAAAUUCCUACUUGACUGGAUGUACAGAAGAGAUCGAGAGACUUCGACCCAAAUCCCCACCCCCCAAAUCUAAAUCUGAUCGGGGAGGUGGAGCGCCCAGGGGUGGAGGAAGAGGCGGAACUUCUGCUGGCCGUGGACGGGAAAGAAAUCGGUCAAACUUCCGAGGAGAAAGGGGGGGCUUUAGAGGGGGCCGUGGAGGUGCGCACAGGGGUGGCUUUCCACCACGGUAAUUCCAGAAGAGCUGACCUUGUUGAUGCCCCACCCCCUUCUUCCUUGCAUUUUGACUUUCGAUUGGAAGACUUUGGAACUCAAUCCCCUAACAGCCUCUCCCCCCACCUCCAAAAAAAAUAGUGCUUUGCAUUUAGUUUUUCUAAUCUCCUGGAAUAUCUUAGCCAACUUUGCUCACAAUUGUCACACACACACUUACCUAGUUUUCCCCCCAGGAUAAGCAGGAGUGCUGCCUCUGUCGUGUGUGUGACCGAAGAGAAUGGACCAUGAAUGCCUUCACCUUCAGAGACUUUAUUCCUACAAAGGCUGUUGCUUUUUACAUUAUUUUCUUCUCUCUUCCCAAACCAUUGUAUUAGGAGCUGACCCAGGCAGAGGGUUGGGAGGACUCGGUGCAAAGGCCCACUGUGUAGCAUGUUAGUGCCGCAGAAGUUGCGAGAGAUGCUUCCUGUCACUGCCUCUCCCCACGGGGCGGCUCUGGGAGCCUGGCUAGCACGGCGCAGAGACAGAUGGUAAGCGUCUGCCAGGGCUACAGCAUGUCCUUGAUGGAACAAUAAAAAGAGGAGACAUCUGCUUGUCUUUUUAGUCUUAGAAAUUCAGAUAUAAUUUAAUUAUUCUAGUAUACUAAACACCACCGAGAAAUUCAAAAAGCUCAUCAUCAUCACCUCAAUUGUGUGCUAAAGAUGACUCAAGCACUCUUCCCAUAAAGCAAACAAAGACAAAUAUCCAAUGUUAGGACUUUGGAAUGGGCUUGAACUUGAAUUGACCCUUGAAGCAGUUUCAUAUUACUUAGCAAAAAAGAAGUAACAGAGACACCUGGCUGUGCAGUAUGUGCUUUAAACAUUUGGGGAAUGAAGUAUUUGGUAAUUGAGGAAAUGACAUAUAUCUUGAAGCUUGGUAUAGGGAAAACUUAAAUGUCUAGCCAAUGAUGGAAAACCCUCAAUCGAAGCUUGGAAAAUGGGACUACAGUUGUCCUGUAUUGAAAGCACAUGGUGUUGUUAGUUUUUAAGGGACUGGUUUUGCAGAGCUGUUUGUUGUCUAAGACUUUCUGCCAUCACUUCUCUUUCCAUGCUAACCCAUGCAUAAAAUGAAUUUGCUGAAUGAGAUAUUCUUGAUAGAUUUUUUAAUUUCGUGUGUGAUUUUUCUAAUAAAACGUUAAACCCUGGAAA